AAGGAAACAGACUUAGAUGAAAGUUUGAAAUUGUCAGUGUGUUACAUGGAAAAACAACAGAAGAAGAUGAUUCGGAACUUCUGGACACUCUUUUUUACAUUCACCACAUUAGAAUUGAUGAGUGCAAACCCUGUUACAUAUCCUUUGGAUUCUUCAAAUUAUCCAGAUUGUUUUGCAAAAGCACCACAGAGGUAUUACUAUGCAUUUGUGGGAGACCCUUUUGAAUUGGCAUGCGAGCCAGAGAAUCUCACUAAUGACAAUUCCAUGCCCAUUGAAAAUGAAUCAUUAUGGUACAGACAAGACAAGGAAGUAAAUUCUGAAAAAAUAAAUGGCUGGAAUGAAGUUAUUAAUCAGAGAGGAAGGAACUUCUCAUUUUCUUCAAUCAGCAGGGCUGAUACUGGCAUUUAUCUGUGUUUUCUCAGAAAUACUGGACUUUGCUUUAAGGUUUAUAUAUUAGUUGUACAAACAGGCUGUCAAGAUGCUGGAAAUUGUGAUGUUCUCCUAAUUCAGAGGACUGCAGAUAUAAUAUCAUGUCCAGGAAUUCAACAUUUCAAUGCUUCAGCAAGCUUUCCUGUAAAAUGGUAUAAGAAUAAGAAAAUAUUUCAAGAAUAUGUUGAACGAAUUUCUCUCAAGAUAAAAAAUGGUCAAAUCCAUUUAAACACAAUAUAUGAAUCAGAUUCUGGCAAUUACACAUGCACCUUUAAUUUCAUUGAAAAUAACAUCACGUGGAUUGCGAAAAGAACAUUUACAGUGAGAGUUAUAGCUGCUGACACAAGACAAACUCCAACUGUUAUUCACCCUCAUGGAGUACAAACAAUUGAAGUAGAGCUUGGACAAUCCAUACAGUUAACAUGCAACGUUUAUUUUGGUUAUGAAAGAAAAUUUUAUCCUGUAAUCAAAUGGUUAAUAAAUGGGAAAGAAAAUAUGAGACACCAGCAGGAUGAAGAUCGGGAGGCAAAAACAAUAGAUGGAUUUACAUUAACUCGAACAGCAUAUCUGAGUAAAGUUACAGAACAAGACUUUAGUACCAACUUCACAUGCUUCUCCCAGAAUUCCCAGGGAAAUUCAUCUGGUGUGCUCAGACUCAAAGAGAAAGAAUCCAACAUCUUUCAAAUAAAAGUGAUAACCAUAUCUACGUCCUUAAUAUUUGUGACUAUUGUUUGUGGAUGUGUUACAGUCUACAAAUUUUGGAUUGAAAUUGUUCUUCUUUACCGACACUAUUUCUCAAAGGAUGAAACCAUUGGAGACGGUAAAGAAUUUGAUGCCUUUGUUUCGUAUGCAAAUGCUUCCUCCUUGGGGGAGGGUGAUGAGAGCAGUAAUUAUAUUAUUACUGAGGAAAGGUUUGCUGUGGAGCUCCUUCCAUCCAUGUUAGAGAAGCAGUAUGGAUAUAAGCUGUGCCUUUUUGAGAGGGAUGUACUGCCUGGAGGAGUUUACACAGAAGAUGUUAUUUCAUGUAUAAAAAGAAGCAGGAGAGUAAUAAUUGUCCUCAGCCCAAACUACAUUUCACAGAAUGGAUCAAAGGUUUUUGAACUGCAGACAGGAGUCAACAGUAUGCUCGAUAAUUAUAAAACCAAGGUGAUUUUGAUAAAAUUCAGAUCUCUGCCUGACAUAAUGGACCUUCCACAAAAUGUUAAAAAGGCCAUCACAGUGCUACCAGAGAUAACGUGGAAAGGAAAUAAGUCUUCUCCCCCAUCCUCAAAAUUCUGGAAAAUGCUCAGAUACCAUAUGCCAGUAAAGAAGAAUGAGUUUGUGAGGAAGUCAGAGUUUCAGUUGAAAGCUGCAAUCUAAUGGACAAACUAUGACCUUUUAGUAUUGUAACUGUUGUAUAUCUGCUAUUUUUCAAUUGACUAGUAUUCUGUAGAAUAUAUCGCCAAAUGCAUAUGAAAAUCACAAGCUCAGUCCUGUUCUUAUUGUGUAAAAUACAAAGAUGUCAGCUGUGACU